AUGGCCAACCAUGACAUCGCAGAGGCUUUCAAAACAACCAUCGGAGCGGAUCUUCGGGCUCCAUAUACUCAUGUUCACGUGCUGAUGAUUGCCUGGGCAGAUAAUGAUCUUGAUGGUGUUGACAAGGAGAUUGAGGAUCUUCGCACCGUUUUUGAAAAAGAGUACAAUUACAACAGCGUCACAUUCUUUCCCAUCCCUACUCAUGGUUCCCCGUCGGCGCGCCUAAAUGUCGAAGUCUCAAGUUUUAUUGAAGAGAAGUCUACACCCUUUGAUUCCCUUGCCAUCAUAUACUACGCAGGCCACUGCAGUGCGGAUGCACAGGGCAAACCUGAGUGGGCAGCCUUCGAGCAGGGAGGGCCGACUAUUUCAUGGUAUAUCACCCAGCAGUUACUGUUCUCCGCUCCAGGUGAUGUGCUACUAAUUCUCGAUUGCUGCCAAGCAUCGCUUAUCGCACAUGGAAUUAAGGACGGCGAGGGUCGGUUUGAGCUGAUCGCGGCCUCUGCCAAGGGAGCAAAAACGCCAGCUCCAGGGCGCAGGUCAUUCACAAGGGGCCUUAUCAGGUUAUUACAAGAACAUGCUACCGCAGGAGUUUCAUCGGAGAGCCUGGCGUCGUAUUUAAGAGAAGACCCCAAGAUAACAGAGACUCCCGUCUUUCACGAUUUCGCACGCAAGUCGCCUACUAAAAUUACUCUCCAGCGUCUUUUCCCGACAGAAUCAAAGGGGAGAUUCACUCAGAAGCCUUCUGGUUAUCUUCUUUUCAGAGCAGCGCUUUCGGACGACGUUACUGGCCUUCAGAUUGCCAAUUGGCUAAAGACAGCACCACCAAAAAAUGUCACCGCUGUGAGCAUCGAAGCUAUUGUCAGUCGUGCGCGCAGCAUGCAGGGCAUUCUCAAGGAUGGCGCGUUCCCCUCAGGCUCUGUGUUUGAGCAACUUUCAAAGCCUGCUCGAGAUGAGAUCAUCCGAGGCAUUCGUGGACUGAACACCGUCAUGGCGACCACGGCCGAAUAUGCAAGAGACGGCGUUGCUGACGAGGAUGAAAGGGCUAUUCAAAAGUCCAUAUUCGAGAUCCAAGGCCUAGUCUCCACGGUCAGCACAGCGGUGGAAACGCCGUUGUUGCUCGAUGCCACCGUUGCGGGCAGGUCCUCAAACCUACAAGACAACGCGGCCAGACUACUUGAUGCCUCCGAUGUUGACGCCGCCAUUCAGUUACGUGAAGCAAUUUUGAACCACGAUCCCUCCAGUUAUAGCCGUGAACUCGACAAGGAUAAGGUCUACAACAAUCUCAAACGCAGUAACACUUCAAACCGCUUCAAAUUGGGGACUAUGGACGGCCAACCUGUCAUCAUGGAAACAUACAAGUACAGCCCCCUUGCCGACAGCAAUGACGAACCUCAACUCCAAACGCUGCAGCAGAUUCAGAGGAUCACGGGACUUUUAUGUCAUCCAAAGACAAAGGAAUUCCAUAUCCUUCCAUGCGCAGGCUACUUUCGUGACCGUCUUCGCAAAGAGCUGGGAAUAGUCUUCAGAGCUCCGCUGUCAUUUAUAGAGGAGUCCAAAGUACUUACCCUGCUCCAGUUGUACAAGCUGCACCGAGUAAUUCCACUCGGACACCGUAUACACCUCGCAUGGUCUUUGACAACGGCAGUCGAGAAUUUCCAUCGCGUCGGGUGGGUGCAUAAGAGUAUUCGAAGCGACAACAUAGCCUUCACUUCAGUCGGUGCGGAUUCACAAACACAAGCUGACGAUAUGGACUCAACUUCCUCUGUAGUAGAUGGUUACGCACUUAGUAACCCUCUGCUAUUUGGGUUCGAAUAUUCUCGCGCCGAUGACGAAGCGACAUACUUAGAUGAGGACCAUUCUCUUAUCAACAACCUCUAUCGGCAUCCCGAGCGAUGGGGUCGCCCAGCAGCACGGUUCGAGAAAAGACAUGAUGUUUACUCGCUUGGCGUUAUGCUACUCGAGAUUGCGAUCUGGAAAGAGGCCAGCUCUAUUUUGCAGUCAUUCUUAGAGUCUAAACCCCUUGUCGCUUCAGAUGCACCGAAAGCACUAAUAAAGAAAUGUGGCAAAUCCCUUGCGCAUCAAGUCGGAAGAGUAUUCGUACAGUGCAUCAUAACUUGCUUGGAAUUCGGGGAGCGAACCAAGGCAAUGAGUGAAUACGAGGCGCAGAGAUACUUCCAGCAGAAUGUAACAGAGCCCAUGGGAAGGGCGAUUGGUCGGAUUUAG